AAAUGAAUGGGCUACAGAGCUUUAUGAUAACUUCCGGCACGAGCGUCCGGCCUUUUCCGUGUCGGCCAUUGAAGUGAUAGGAGGUGCCUCUCUAGCAUCUGCAGAUACAUUUCGAAGUUUCACCAUGCAGAACGACGCAGGCGAAUUUGUUGAUCUUUACGUCCCUCGUAAAUGCUCUGCUAGCAACAGAAUCAUUGGUGCUAAAGACCAUGCUUCUAUUCAGAUAAACAUUGCCGAUGUAGACAAAGUAACUGGCAGGUUUAAUGGACAAUUCAAAACUUAUGCCAUCUGUGGAGCAAUCCGUAAAAUGGGUGAGGCAGAUGAUGCUAUUUUGAGGUUGUCCAAAAAUGAUGGCAUAGUUGCAAAAAACUUCUGAAGCUGCAAAUGUUCGUAUGAAGUUACUAUGUGACAAUAAAAAUGGAAAAAACAUA